AUGCAACAACGGAUGAAGGAACUUAACUGCGUGGACGUGACACCGCCAGAUUCACCGGUGACCGACGAUCACACUAAGACCAAACGGUUCUUGGCCAAACCCGACAACAACACCAAGCCGCUGCUGGAUUUCAUGGCCUUUGACGGGAGUAACGAAUUCUCAUCUCCCAACGGCAGUCAAGACAGGCGCACGUACAAAAACAAAUACAACGACAGCGUGGAUUCGGUUUCGAGCGCAGUGCAAGACAGCGAUCAAGAUCUAACCAUCAAAUCAAAAGGGUCAGUUGUUCGGUGGCAUAGUUUUCAAAAGACCAAAAAUCGGCCCAAUGCCUUAGCCGGACAAACGGUCGGGUCGCUCACGGUUGGCCAGCUGUUGGUGUUGCGGAAGUUCGCUCUUCUCAAGCUGACUGCCAUCAUGGAAUGGUAUUGUCCGACACACCGGACCGGAUGGAACUGGGAAUUGCCCAAGUUUAUGCGCAAAACCAAAAUGCCCGAUCCCAAAGAUAAGACCGUUUUCGGAGUUCCGCUGAUCGCCAACGUGCAAAAAUACGGUUCGGCACUGCCACCGUUCGUCCAGUCUGCUUUUCGGUGGCCCGAAGACAACGCUCUCGACCACGUGGGGUUGUUCCGGAAGCCUGGCGUCAAAUCCCAAAUACAGCGCCUAAAGCAACUGGCCGAAGCCGACCCGGAGGACGUGAAGUUCGAAAACCAUCAGGCCUACGACGUGGCCGACAUAAUGAAGCAAUACUUCCGGGUGUUACCGGAGGCCUUGCUAACCAACGAACUGUCCGAGAGUUUCGUCGCUAUUUUUCAACACGUUCCGGUGUACUUGCAAAAGGAAGCGGUCCAUUACACGGUGCUGCUGUUGCCCGACGAACACCGCGAAGCCCUGUUCGCGCUGCUCGACUUCCUGUUCCGGGUUUCGUCCAGGAGCAACGUGAACCAGAUGUCCGCCAGCAACCUGGCAGUGUGUUUGGCCCCGUCGCUGUUCCACCUAGGCAACACCGGCUCCUGCCCGGCCACGUCGCACAACCGUUCGUCGUCCUUGUCGCCACGCCGGAACCACCAUCAGUCGUCUACCGCCUCCGCUGCCACUAUCGGUCUGCCCGAUUCCAAGCAGCUGGGACAGAACAAGGCGGCGCACGACUGCUUGCUGUUCCUCAUCAAGCACUACCGUCAACUGUUCGCCAUGUCAGAUGAAAUCAUGAGUCAGUGUCACUUCAGCUACAUGGACGAAAGCAUACCAAUAAGCCUGGUAGAACUAGGAGCGGAAAUGGGCCACGACUGGAGAGGAUACCUGAACGUGUGUACGUCGAUGUUGCUUAAAGAAGCUAAAGACAAGAACAGGGGAUGGAUGGCCGUGGGCAGUUUCGAGAACGUCGACAUAUCGUACAAGAAGGUCGGCGACGGACACCCGUUGCGGCUGUGGCGGGUGUGCACGGAAGUAGAGGCGCCACCCGCCGAGGUGCUCGCCCGGAUCCUGUGGGAGAGGCACGUGUGGGACGCCGACCUGGUGUCGGCCAGGGUGGUGGCCAAGAUGGACGCUCGCGCCGACCUGUACCAGUACGCGGUCGCGGCGAUGGCCCCUCAUCCGGACAAGGACUAUUGCGUGGUCAGGUCGUGGCGAACCGAUCUCAACCGGGGCGGUUGCGCGGUCGUCGAGACGUCCGUCGAACACCCGGACGCCAAGCAACCGGCGGCGGGCUCGGUCCGUGGCAUCGUGCUCGCCUCCAGGUACCUGAUCGAACCGUGUGGUUCGGGCCGACCCCGAGUACUGCAUUUGUCGCGAGUCGACACAAAGUGA